AAAAGGAGAAAGGGCAGUUACAAAUCCAAUAAUGUUUUUCCAGUAAAGGCCAAUGGUGCCUUUCGUUCUGCUUCAUUGAAUGUUUUACCCAACUCACCGUUCUUUCCCUUUUUCCGUUUUCCCCUUUCUCUUCCUCUUCCUCUUCCUCUGGUAUUGAAUGUGAUGGAGGAGGGAGAUUUGAAGAUGCGCGUUGUGAAGGACACGAGUUUCAAAUCCAGCUCCAAAGUUUAUUUGGACGAAUUUUGGUCUCCCAGUUCGCAAAUCCCCCCAUCCUCCUCCUCCUCCGAUAACUUUUUUGUGGACCAACUCCUAAAUUUUUCAAAUGAAGAAGAUGGGUUUAUUGAGGAAGAGGAAGAAGAAGAAAAACCGAAACACUCCAUCUCUGUUUCUGCUCCCCUGCAAGAGAGCGACGAAAACUCCAACCACAGCUCCACUAAUUCCUCCGAAGACGCCUUCUGGUCUGUUUCUUCAGGAGAUUUCGAAGACCUCGAAUGGCUCUCCCAUCUCGUUUCCGAUUCCUCCCAAGAAUACUCCGCCGCCGCCGC